AUGGAAGUCCAGCACACAUUGUCAACGCAUGACCCGCUUACCGUCACAGGAGCACCAGCAGUAACAGCAGCUCCACCCAUCGGAGCGGCAUCCCUGACGGCGCAAGCAGCAACGGCAGAUGUCACGUCUGCACCUGAAGUUCCCGCAUUAACAGUCGCAUCAUUUGCUGAAACCGGAGCAGGAGCGGGCGAGGGUGGCGCGGAGCUAGCGAUUUUCACAACGGUAGAUGCGGAAGCAGAUGGAGCGGGAAACGACGCGAGCGGCGAGCAUCCUUCCAUGUCGCAUCCGUCUUUGGAGCAACCGUAUGCGGAAUUCGCCGCAAAUGGCUCCUUCCCUCCCCACGCGUCGACCGCACCGACGCGGCUCGUGAACAUGCCGUCGUACGUCAACUUCAUCCGAUCGGAUCUCGCGCCGCGGCCGGACACGCAGCGUGCGCCCGUGAUUCGUGUGCAUCCGACGGUGUUCGAGGCGCUGCACGCGCUGCGCGAGGGGCUGCAGCUGUGCCGGCCCGCGAACCGCGUGAGCAUCAGCGACGUGAUCGACCACUUCCUGUGCUGCUCCGCGGAAGAGGUCGACCGGCUGCUGGAGCGCCGCGUUAAACACCGCCGCCAGAUGCUGGCUCUGGUGCAGCAGCAGCAGCAGCAAGGGCAGGGACAGACGCAGGGACAGGGACAGGCGCAGGGCGAGGAGCAAGGGCAGGGUCUAGGACAGGGGCCGGGGCAGGAUGGCCAGCUGGCAGUUGCCCAGCAAAUGGAUGGCGGACACGUGGCAGUGCAGCAGGAGCAGGCGGGGCAGGGUGGGGAGGCCCGAGCAGCAGAGGCGCAAGCGGCGGCGGCGGCACGUGCAGCCCCCCGCGACUCAGAGGAAGCUGCUGCAGCUGCUGCAGCAGCAGGAGCAGUUCCACCCCGGCCCUGCCCCACUGCAGCAGCCCUUGCCUUUCCUACACCAGGUGCAGGAGCCGCAGCAGGUGCAUGA